AUGGCGAAGGACGCAGCAGCUGGAGACGAGAAGAAGAGGAGGAAUGGCAGGAAGAAGAAGGACCCGAACGCGCCCCGGCGCGCGCUGUCAGCCUUCAUGUUUUUCGCGAAGGAGAAGCGAACGGAAAUCGUCGCCGCGCACCCCGAGCUGAAGUCUCAGAUGACAAAGGUCGGGAAAAUGGUCGGCGAGGCGUGGGGGAAGUUGACCCCCGAGGAAAGGAAGCCGUUCGAGGAGAAGGCAGCCCAAGACAAGGCCCGCUACCUGACUGAGAAGCAGGAAUUCGAGCAGAAACACUGA